AUGUUAAUUGUGCUGCGGAUGGCUUCAUGGAAACACAUCAAAGCGAUUUCCUAUAAGGCUCGGAGAACUCAUACUUCGGUUUUUGCUGUGAAGAGUCAGGAAGAUUCUCCGAAAAUGUUGGAACUAAGACCUUCAAUGGCUAUGUCUCAGGAAAAACAACAAUCGGUGCGCGGUUUGGGAUACAAUAUGACAUACUGUUGGUCAUCCGACACAAACAUCCUCGUUGUUACAUUCGAUGAGAAAACAAUGGUUCCAACGGUGCAGUUUGUACACCAGCACAUAAGCAGCCUAUUCGGCAGCCAUCUGCAGCACGGUUGCACUCUUCUCUCAUAUGAUCUGAUGUUUCUCCCAGCGAUUCUUCCGAUUACAUCAAAUGUGCUUAUUUCGCAUUUGGUAAUGGUGCCAACUCUUCUCGAUGCGUUUAUCUCAAAAAUGGAGAAUCAAGAAUAUUUAACCAUGAAGAAUCAAAUGAGAGAUCUUCCACUGUUCAACGUCAAAUUCAUCAGCUGCAAACAUCUCAGUUUCAUAAAUGCCUAUACUUUGGCUCCAGAAAUAUUGUCGCGUUUUGAAGGACAGACAGUUGUCAUGUAUAAUGCUAUCAUGGAAGAUGCAACCAUUGUCAAAUUUGUUGCAAACUGGCAGAAGGGGAAUUUCGCCCCUAACCUUAAGUUCUUGAAACUAUACUUGAAUUUUUCUCAUCUUUUCCAUCCUGCCGUCAUCACAAACUCACUGAAGAUCAAAAUUUUUUUUCAUUCUAAGAGACCACCUUGUUUCCAAUACCCAGUCAAAAACUACUUUGGCGCCGAAGAAACACUCCUAAAGCAUGACUUGGUUGUAACAACUUAUGUUGUGAGAGAAACUGACAAGGUUGUUGCGUCGAUAAGUGUUUCCGAAGACCGUUUCGAUUUUUGUGUAUGGGAGUGGAACGAAACGCAAAUGAAGGAGAUGGGAUAUAUUGAGUGA